GAAUGUUAUUUUUAUUGAACAUUGAAAGGCAGACAAACGGAUCCACGUCGAGGUACAUACAAGAUACAAUUUAUAAAUAAUAAUUAAUUAUUAACAACAAAUUUAAAGAAGAUAUAUAAACUAAUCAAACUCUGUUAUUGCGCCUCGUUGCGUGCCCCCUGACGUCACUCGCGAACGCGUCCCCGCCCCCUUCAGUCCCGUGUUUUGACAUCCUCGCAUCAGCACCACUCCGCGCAUCCCUUCGUGCGCGCUCUGGGCACGGAGGUGGAGGCGGAGGCGGGGGUCUCUCGCACUCUCUCUCUCUCUCUCUCUGCCUCUCUCUCUCUCGGUUAAGCCAUUUAAAUAUCAACCCGUGCAACUGGUCAGGGGUUCUGACUCCAAGACGCCCCGCUUGGAUCGGAUCAUUUCUCGGCUUUUUCAAGAGGAUGUCGAGCCUCCUGGAGAACCCUCUGCAGGCGGUGCUCUAUCUGAAGGAGCUCACCGCCAUCGUGCAGAACCAGCAGAGUCUGAUUCAAACCCAACGAUACCGGAUAGACAUACUCGAGCGCCGGCUGGAGGAUCUAGCGGUUGAGAACCGGCAGCUCCGGGACUCCAGCAGCCAUCACCGGCACCCUCCCCGCUACCAUCCUCCUCCGCCCCCCCGGACCUCCAGCCUGCCCCGAACCAACAGAUCCGGGACGCCCCCGGUCCAAACCCAACAGCAGCAACAGCAUUCCCCCCUGGACAUGCAGCUUGUGCCUGCGGUACCCAGCAAUGCCAGUCCGGACUCUGCUGAUGAAGAUGAUAAUGACGCUCAGGACCCCUGCUGUCGGUCCCUGGUCCCACAGACACCUGCCACCUUGUGCCGAACUGUGGGACUCCCACGGGCAUCUGAGAGCCAGACCAUCCUGCACCAGUUCUGCUGUCCCGCACCUGAGGCUCCAGAGGGAGAGUCCCUAACCUGCUCCAGCUCGAUUCCUGCUGCAGAACAAAAAGAUGAGAAAAAAGAUGCCCAGCAUGAUGCGCCACCCUGCCCACAUCCUCCAGAAUAUGAGCUCUCUCCUGAUCUUAAACAAAAACAGAUAGAGGAACUGGAGCAGAUGUAUGGAGGUCCUCUGAUUUCCCGGCGUGCGGCCUGUAAGAUCCAGACGGCAUUUCGUCAGUACCAGCUCAGCAAGAACUUCCAGAAGAUCCGUAACUCGGUUCUGGAGAGAGGGAUCCCACGGCGCAUGUCAGUGCGCAGGGUCCGGGUACAGAGGGAUGGUUUCUCCGCUGAACGGGCGCUGAUGGAGGGAUGUUCACUCAUGGGCAUCCCGCUCACACACUCCACCUCACUGCCGGUGGCUACAACAACCACACUCACACACCUGGAGGACACAUUCACUGAACAGGUUCAGUCAUUAGCGCGGUCUAUUGAUGAGGCUUUGAACAGCUGGAGUUCUGUUCGAGAUGGGGAAGGAGAGAAGUCCACUGUGGCCCCUCCCUCUGGAUCCCAUCCCGAGGGGCUCCUGAUGGACCCUGCUGCCCUACAGGAUACCAAGCAGAGCAGCUGUGGGGAGAGCAUGCCCCGCAGUGCCAGUAAACUCAUGAUGGCUUUCAGGGACGUGACUGUUCAAAUUGACAACCACAACUUUCGCCUCUCCUCCUCAAUGCUGGAGUCAGUUUCCCUUGGUAACGGCGUAUCCAAGGAGACCAGCUCGGAACCCCAAAUGGGGGGACAGAACGCAGGCCAGUCGGCAUCGUCUACCACAGCGGAGCCUGAGUUCCCAGCUCCGCCACCCAGCGAGGAAGAGAAAGAGAACCAACAGCCAACUGGAAUGGACGUACCGACAGCAGGGGCGGGACUGGAGGGGAAACAGACCAAUCAGAUUGCACCAGAGAUGGCGGAAAACAGCUCAGAGCCCGUCAGUAGCAGCAGCACCUCGACAUCAGCGUGUGAGACGAUGAUUCUAUCUCUGCCCCGCCCACAUUGCCAGGACACACCCUGUGGCACACUCUCAACGGAUAUUGCACGCAAACGCCUUUACCGCAUUGGACUCAACCUCUUCAAUGUAAAUCCAGACAAAGGCAUCCAGUUCCUGAUAUCCAGGGGCUUUAUUCCGGACACGGCCAUCGGUGUGGCUCACUUCCUGCUGCAGAGGAAGGGUUUGAGUCGACAGAUGAUAGGAGAGUUCCUGGGUAACAGCAAGAGGCAGUUCAACAGAGAUGUGUUAGACUGUGUGGUGGAUGAGAUGGAUUUCUCGAUGCUGGAGCUGGAUGAAGCUUUGAGGAAGUUUCAGGCUCAUGUGCGAGUGCAAGGAGAAGCUCAGAAAGUUGAGAGACUCAUUGAAGCAUUCAGUCAGAGGUAUUGUAUGUGUAACCCUGAUGUGGUGCAGCAGUUUCAUAACCCUGACACCAUCUUCAUCCUGGCCUUCGCCAUCGUGCUGCUGAACACAGACAUGUACAGUCCCAACAUCAAACCAGAGCGCAAGAUGCUUCUGGAAGAUUUCAUACGCAAUCUACGAGGAGUGGACGAUGGGGCAGAUAUUCCACGGGAGAUGCUAGCCGGGAUUUAUGAGCGGAUUCAGCAGAGGGAGCUGCGCUCCAACGAGGAUCAUGUGACUUAUGUUACCAGGGUGGAGCAAAGCAUUCUUGGAAUGAAAACGAUACUGUCGGUUCCUCACCGUAGGCUGGUGUGCUGCAGUCGACUCUAUGAGGUCACCGAUGUGAAUAAACCACAGAAACAGGCCUCACAUCAGAGGGAAGUGUUCCUCUUCAAUGACCUGAUAGUGAUCCUAAAACUCUGCCCUAAGAAGAAGAGUGCUGCCACAUACACGUUCUGCAAGGCCAUGGGGUUACUGGGAAUGCAGUUUCAUCUGUUUGAGAAUGAGUAUUACCCUCAUGGAAUCACAAUAUUGUCUCCGUUCUCGUCAGAGAAGAAGCAGGUGGUGAGUUUCUGUUCUCAGAGCGCCGAAGAGCUGCUCAAGUUUGUAGAGGACCUGAGAGAGAGCAUCGCAGAGGUGGCAGAGAUGGAACAAAUACGGAUUGAGUGGGAACUAGAAAGACAACAGGUUGUGAGAUAUCAAACUAACAAGAAUGGCACACAACUAGACAUCCACGCUGGACCUAGUUCUGCCUCAGGGGAUGAUAUUUAUGAGAAAACGGGAAGCAACACGGUAGAGGUGUCAAUUCACAACAGGCUCCAAACGUACCAACUCAGCUCUGCUCUGGCCCCACCAAGCGCUCAGCAACACCUGGCCGCCCUGCCUAGCCCCGCCCCCGGCUCCGCCCUCACCAUCUCCCCUGACACCCUGAUCCAGUGCCAGCAGAUCGUGAAAGUGAUCGUCGUGGACUCUGCUGGGCGUGGCCACGUGGAGGCAUUCCUCAGCCAUAACCCCGCCCAUCGCCUCAUCCAAUCGGCUGUCUCCACGCCCACCAGGUCACUGGAGGGAGGCAAGCAGCAGCAGCAGCAGCCACCCCUCCCUCCCCCGCCACCUCCUUACCAUCACCCGCAUCAGUUUUGCCCCCCGACCCCUCCACCACCACGCCACCUGCUGAGCCAACGCAGGUACUCCAGCGGGACACGCAGCCUAGUCUGAACAACACACACUCAGAUGAGUUUACACCUGUUGAUGGUUCACCUACAAAAGAACACUCUCUCUUUAUUUAAGAACUCUCAUGUCAUUCCAAACGCAUUUUUCAAGUAAAAAAAAAAUGUUUUACAGAACACAAAAAGGACAUUUUGAAUAAUGUUAACUUAGUUUUUUUUUCCAGUAUAAAAAUAUUUAUAGUGAAAAAAACUAAUGAUAAGCACAAUUAAAUGUAGUCUGUGCAUUUUGUGGACUCUGAAGUUCUCUUAAGCCAUAUAUGAGCUGAAAAUUUAUGUCCAUUAAUUUUAUGUUCACUGAAAACCGCCAGUGGAAUUCUAAAAUGGCUUUCAAGGAAACAUUUAGAUGCAUUAUUAUUUUUAUUUUAGAGAAAUAAGAAAAGAAAUCUGCCAGUGCAGUAAGACCAAAUACACUUGUCUAUGAAUAAGAAGUCUUAAUAUUUUAUUUAGUGUUGCUUUAAGAUAUCAAUAAGAUAUUUUAACUGGAAAGUAAAUACAAAAACAGACAAAAAUACUUGAUAAUAUUAGGAUAUUUUGCAGUUUAUGAAGUGUAAACUGUUCAGUGCUAUUUUUGUAUUAUUUAUAUACUAUUAUAAUAUUUAUUCAUAUUUUACAUUUGCUUUAUUUUAUUUUCUGUUUUCAUUUUAAGUUUUGAUUAAGGUUUAGUUCUGUGCUAUUUUGUUAUGUGCUUUUAUAAUUUUUUGAAAAUAUUCUAUUUAGCUUUAAUUUAGUUUUAAUUAACUUGAACUUUAUUUAGUUUGUUGACAAGGCAAAAUUUCUAAUAUUUUUGUCUACAUUUUUAAAGUUAAUUUAAUAUUUAUAUUUUAUUUUUCAGCUUUAUUUCAAUUAACGAAAAUCAUUUUUAAUGUUUUUAACUGUCACUUCAUGGAAAAGAGCUGUAUGAACAUUCUUCAAAAAUUCUCUUUUUGUGUUCUAUGGAAAAAAUAACAGCAUACGGAUGUAAAGCAACAUGAGGGCGAAUAAACCAUGACAUAAUUUUGAUAUUUACGUGAACUAUUGCUUGAAAACUAAAUUAUUGUGUACACUCUUUUUGAAGACACAAAAUAGCACAAGCAGUCUGAACUGUUAGGCUCACAUAGCUCAAAAGAAGCUACACUUAGAAUUGUUGGGUCCUCAUGGCCUUAAAGUGUGUAUUUAAAGUGAGUAGAUGUAUAGUAUUUUUUUAAGAGGGAUUUUUUUUUGUGUGUUCACCAUGACCCCGUAUUCAAAUGAAAUUUUUAUAUAUUUUGAUUUCUCCUGAAAUGCCCAUGUCUUGUGUUGCCCCUGACCUGAACUACAAUUGAUGGAUGUAGUGUAGAGGGAGUGCUGUGAAGAUAAAUUUGUUUCUAGACACCACCAUGAAAUAAUUUUUCCAAUUAUAUAAAUGUUUACAUUUUGUUUUGUGUGGAAAUAGAAACUCACCACCCUCUUUCAAAGGUCUUACCUUUUAGUCUUUUGAAAAUGAAAUCCAAUUUCAGUAUAUGGAUAUAAAUCAUACCUCGCAGCAUUUCUGAAAAAACAAAAAACAAAUGCAAAAGUAAAAUAACUAGGUUAGAAAAGAGAACAUCCCCUUGAGUUGGUUUAGAUGCAGCAAAUAACAAUUUGCACCAAAUAAGUCUCUGCAGUACGCAUCCUGAACUAAUCUACAGUAACCAACUGUAUCAGGAGGCAGGUCAUGUGACAUUUAUCUGCACAUUUGCAUAAAUUAAGCUCAACUUUGCACUUUAUUUAAAUUGACAACUCCUUCUGAAAAUGAAUGACAUUAUUGCUGUAAAUCAAAUCAUCCUCUAGCGAAUUAUUCCAAUUGUGUUGUGUCCUGAACCAAUGGUUUUGGAAGAAAUUUAGGUCAGGACGUGGCCACAAAAGAAUUUCUAACUUCCAAGAUAAAAGCAACAGAUUUUGUCUAUAUUUGGCAUCAUCUACUUACUUUCUUAUCCUGUCAAGAGUCCUAGCGUCAGUUGCUGAGAAAUUUAGGACACUGCCAUCCUGUGUGAAGGAAGCGCUUGAUCUUGAGAGCCAUGCACCUAAUAAGAGUGUUGACUGAGCUCCAUAAACCCUUUAAAACAUUUGGAUACCUGGGGCCUGAAUUGUGCCUUCUCAUAAAAGUAACCUAAUGUCCUCUAGAAAGCCCAUUUUGGCCCAUUGUGAAUUGCUAAUCUAUGCUGUAACCCAAUUCAGUGUAGUACUUGCUAGAAAUAGAAUGUUUCCUGUAUUUCUACAGUAAUUAAUAUCAUUAUUUUCCACAACUUCUGAUUGGUUAAACCUAGCUGGGGGUUUUAUUUAACAAAAUAUUUAUAUAAUAACUUUUAAUUACAGCAUUGACAAACAUUUUAUAGCAUCCUGCUUAAAAGUGUUAGUUCAUUCAAAUAGUCAGAAAUUUUUCAUUUGUUUUAUAUAUAUUUAAAUAUACAUUCACAUUAAAUGUACAUCAAGCACUGAUCUUUUAAUAUUUAUAAAUGAGUAA